AAAACUCAAGAAACUAUCAUUAUCUCUCUUUGCUUAACACAUCUACAACUGGAAACAUCAUUCCAAAUGAAGUUCCUCAGUCUCGUCAAAAUUUCUCUCUCAUCUACAACAAGCUUAACUCAAAACUCAAGAAACUAUCAUUAUCUCUCUUUGCUUAA